AUGUCUAUAAUAGCUGAAAAUUAAGAGCUAAAUGAUAUUUGCUUAGACUUUAUUAGCUUUUUAUUGAGGUACAAUAAAGACCUUGAUUACACAGAUUUUUCAGAUGAUCCAAAUAUUAUCUCAAAAAUUAAAAGAGCAGAGCUAUUCAGAACUUGGUCUGAUGUAGAAGAUUUAGCAAAUUAAAUGGCUGAAAUUCAAAUGAAUCUUAGUGGUUAACAAGUAAAAUAGCUUUUCUCAAUAAUGUUUUAGAAUACUAUUUCAUCUUCUAUUUAAGAAUUGUUCUAGAAAUAUGAAUAAAUGAAGAGAGAAGAGUAACUUAAAAAGUAGGAUUAUUAGAAGGAUCUUUAAAAAAUUAAUAUUGAGUUGUUGAGACUUAAAGAAUAUUCCGCUCCUUUGCCAGCUUAGAAAUAGUAGACAAAGCUCGAUAGUAUGGCUGCUCUUGAUAUGAUAAAUGAAGUUAAGGUUGCAAUGAGUAAACUAAUUGAAAAUAAGAUAAUAGAUCUAGAAUUCAAUCUAAAUAACAAAAUUGUAUACAAUUUCAAUUUAUAAUUUUAGAUCACUAGAAUUGAAAACAUAGAAAGAAACAGUGAUAUGCAUCUAAGAACAGCAUAGAUUUUAGAAAAUAGAUAUACAAUUGAUUCUAGGCGAAUGGACAAGAUUGAAGAGACCAUGCAUGAUUAAAUUAGCAUAAUAGAAAGUAUGAGCAGAAGACAAAAAUCUUUUAUGGAUUCGUAGGAGGAAUUUAAAAAGAAUUUAAUGAUAAGACUUCAAAGACUUGAAAACGAUUUUAUUACUAAAACUUUUGAAGCUCUGGAUGCUAAAUUUGAUUUUUAAUCUUUUGAACACAGCAUAAAAAAGCUUUAAGGAGAUGUUGAUGUCUUUAGAGUUGAGCAUCUCACUUUCAAAGAAAUAGCCUCAGGAAAAAUAGAUAAUCUUGAUACUAUAUUUAAGAAAGUAGCAAACGACAGUUUCAACAAAACAAGGGAAGUAGAAACUCAGCUUGUAGUAUGGAAGGAUGAAGUGCUUAAGGUGACAGAGGACAAUAUUAGAGAUAUUUAGGCUAUGAAUUAAAAAUUAGAUGGAAUUGCAACAGAGGUAAUAGAAAUGAAAAACGAGAAAAGGGCUUUGACAAAUUUGAAGCAAAAGAUUCAUUGGGCAUCAGAUGCAUAAGCCAAAGUAGAGGCAUUAGUUGAAGAAACAAAUAAUCUCUACUCUUUUAUGCAGAAAUUUAUUGAUGAGCAUGCAGUGAAUAAGGCAAAGAAACUAAGAAAUUCUGAUAUUAAUCUAAAGGAAAAGAUGAGCGUCAUGGACUGGCUAUCUAGAAAUGCUGAUUUCUUAUCAGCUGCACCAAUUUAAGAUUGCAUAUUGGCUUUCAAAGAAAUUUACUAAACUGACAAUGCUACUUUAAAAAAUGCAUAUAUUUUUGCCAAGCAUAGCUCUAAUGUUAUCUAAACACUACUUUUGAUACUUGAAUAAGUUGUGGAUCUACCAAAGGAUGAUGAACUGACUCAAAAAGUUACAGUUAUGUUUUCAAUUUUGGAACCUUUGCUUAUCAAUGAUUAGAAUUUGGAAAAAUGUCUAAAUUUUAAUGGAUUCUAACUUAUGCUAAGAUUCAUAACUUCUAAUGUAGUAAUAGAUAAACCACCAGUCUAUAUAAAAUAUUGUGUAAGAUGUAUGACAAGUUGCUUAAGACAUGAAACUGUCAGAGAUGAAGAAAUUCUGGCGAAUGCUUGUAAAAUAUUUAGAAUUUGCAUGAGAGAAGAAUAAAAUUUAGAAUUUGUUGUUACCAAGAGGAAAGAUAUUGGAAAUAUAUUAGUUGAAACUCUUUAAAGUCAUUAAUAUAGCGAAGCAAUCAGCCAAGAGGUUUUAUCAGUAAUUAAUUUAAAAAUUAAUCAAUGA